GCGGGCAUCCAGGACAUGAAGCCAUGUUGUGCUUACUACUUCUCAUCGGGCUCAUCAGGGUCCAGACAGACAAUAAUUCUGAAAGACUACGUGUGCAAAUUACAAUACCAGAGAAAAUACUGUCAAUAUUAAGUGGAGGAGUUGAAUCACAUGCGUCCUACAACAUUAUGAUUGAAGGAAAAACAUACACGGUGAACCUAAUGCAAAAAGCUUUUUUACCUCAUAAUUUUAGAGUUUAUGGUUAUAAUGGCACAGGAAGUAUGAAGCCUCUUGAAGAGCAGCUUCAGAAUUUUUGCUACUACCAAGGGUAUAUCGAAGGUUAUCCAAAUUCUAUGGUGAUCGUUAGCACAUGUACUGGACUCAGGGGCUUACUUCAGUUUGAAAAUGUAAGUUAUGGUAUUGAGCCCUUGGAACCUUCAAUUGGUUUUGAACAUGUGAUUUAUGAAGUAAAACAUAAGAAUAAAGGUGUUUCUUUAUAUGCUGAGAAGGAUAUUGAGUCAAGAGAAAUGCCCUAUAAAAUACAAAGUAUAGAGCCACUUUCAGAGUUCUCUCAGUAUAUAGAAAUGCAUGUUGUAGUUGAAAAAAAUUUGUAUAAUCAUAUGGGCUCUGACACAAUUGUUGUCACUCAAAAGAUCUUCCAGUUGAUUGGACUGACCAAUGCUAUUUUUACAUCAUUUAAUGUUACAAUAAUUCUCUCUUCAUUGGAACUUUGGAUAGAUGAAAAUAAAAUCUCGGUAACUGGAGAUGCUAAUGAGUUAUUACACAGAUUUUUAAAAUGGAAAAGAUCUUAUCUUGUUUUGCGUCCACAUGAUAUAGCAUUUUUACUUGUUUACAGAGAAAAAUCAAAUUAUGUUGGUGCAACCUUUCAAGGGAAGAUGUGUGAUAGCCAUUAUGGAGGAGGUGUAGCUCUGCACCCCAGAACCAUAAGUCUGGAGUCGCUUGCAGUUAUUAUAGCUCAGUUACUGAGCCUUAGUAUGGGAAUAGCUUAUGAUGAUGUUAACAAAUGCCAGUGCUCAGGAACUGUCUGCAUAAUGAACCCAGAAGCAAUUCAUUCCAGUGGUGUGAAGAUCUUUAGUAACUGUAGCAUGGAGGAUUUUGCACAAUUUAUUUCAAAGCCAAAGUCCCAAUGUCUUCAAAAUCAGCCACACUUAGAUCCAUCAUACAAAGCUGCGGUUUGUGGUAAUGGACAAGUGGAACAAGGAGAACAAUGUGACUGUGGAAGUGCAGAGGAUUGUGAUGCUAAGUCAAAUUCAUGCUGUAAUCCUGCCACAUGUGCGCUAAAACCUGGCUCAAUUUGUGAUACUGGUAAAUGCUGUACAGAUUGUCAAUAUUCAGCAAAAGGAGAAAUAUGUAGGCCUCCCACUGAUGAAUGUGACCUCCCUGAAUAUUGCAAUGGAUCAUCUGCAACAUGUCAAGAUAACUUUUUUGUUCAGAAUGGGCAUCCAUGUGGAGAGAAUCAAUGGCUCUGUCUGAAUGGAAGUUGUAUAAGUGGGAUAAAACAAUGUACAGAUGUAUUUGGUGAAGGUGCAGAAUUUGGUCCUGAAGAGUGUUAUUCUCACCUUAAUUCUAAGGCUGAUCAAUCUGGGAACUGUGGCUCAGGUCCUUCAGGAUACAUACAGUGUAAAACUAAGGAUCUGAUGUGUGGAAAAUUAAUAUGUCAAUAUAAAAAUGAAAAAAUAAUUGAAAUUCCAAAUGCUACUGCUAUUUAUGCAAAUAUAAGUGGACACAUCUGCGUUGCUUUGGAUUUUCCACAAGGUUUUAGAAAUGGCAAAAUGAUGUGGGUAAAAGAAGGAACUGUUUGUGGGGUUAAUAAGGUUUGUAGGAAUAAAGAAUGUGUAGAUGCUGCAUACCUGGAUUAUGAUUGUACUCCAAGAAAAUGCAAUGAACAGGGUAUAUGCAAUAAUAAAAAGAACUGUCAUUGUAACCCCUCAUAUUUACCUCCUAAUUGCCAAACUAGUGAUGAUGCAUGGAUUGGUGGGAGUAUUGACAGUGGCAAUUUUCCACCUGUAGCUCGCUUAGCCAGUUCUGAAAGAAACUACAUUGAGAAUGUUUACCAUUCCAAACCUACAAGAUGGCCAUUUUUCUUACUCAUUCCUUUUAUUAUUAUUCUCUGUGUACUGAUUAUCACACUGGUAAAAGUUUAUUUCCAAAGAAAAAAAUGGAGAACUGAGGAGUAUACAAGCGACGAGCAAGUUGAAAGUGAGAGUGAACCUAAAGAGUAGCCAGAAAACAGAAUCCAUCAUAUCACAAGUAAUUAUCUUCGAUGGACAGGAAAAAUGGAAAAAACAAAACAAAAA